AUGAUGGAAAUUGAAAAGGAAAUCCCUUACCUGGAAUCUGUCGAUGAUUUUGAUAUAAAAAAUUUACUUUGUCAUGAGGAGGAGGAUCCAGAUAUUCCAAUUUUAACAGAAAUGAUUCGAAUUGUUCGACGUUCAACAGAAGAACAACGCCUGCUAAAGCCACUCGAAGAAUCAAUAUUAAAUUUUGAACUGAAUGAACCACAAACCAAAGGCACCCAAACUGAAGAUGGAACUUUAAUAGAUGGAAAUUGUCGAGAAACCAUAAAUCACAAUAAUGAAAAACCUAAACCUAACCUCAAUGAUCACGAAAGAAUCACUCAAUCGACUGAAGAUGACAACUAUGAAAUGACACUGGAUGAAAAAAUUGAAAUAUUCAAACGACAUUUACAUAAUGGACACAUAACUACAAACAUGGAUAUUAAAAAACAUGGCAAAAAGCUAGACGAUAAGUCCUUAACGACAAAAAAAGAUCGUCAUCCUCAUCAUCAUAUUCGCAAAAAAGAAUCACACAAAAGUGAUAAACAACAACAACAACAUCAUCAUCAAAGACGACGACAUCAUUACCAUCAUCGGCCGUAUAAGGAAAAUACCAAGCAUCAAGUUAUAGAAAAAGAACACACAACUCCUCUAUUGGCAACACAGCCUGACCAUCUUGAAACAUCUUCACCAUAUCCACAACAAAUCCCCGAAGCUGUAAAUGAAACGGGUUUAACAAAAUCUAUCGAUGCUGAUGUUGUUGGCGAUAUGGAGAAUUCCAAUGACAGUGUUGCCUUGGAAUUGGCCAGAUUAUUUAGUGAGGAAAAAACCGAAUUGGAUGAAAUAUUUGGCAUUGAUCCGAAUCAAGAACCCGAUGAUCCACAAAUAUGUAAAAUAUUAAAAGAAAUUGAGUUGGCUCAGGUGGGUGGAACACAACAAACUCCUAACCUUGAUAAAACAAUCAAUCACAGUCCAAAAUUGUCGUUACAUAUUAAUGAUAAUCCUACAGAACAAGAAACACCUAUAUAUCCUGCUACUGUCACAUGUGGUGUUAGUGGUGGUGGUAGUAAAAUUUGUGAAAAAGAUCUCAGCAAUAGCCUAUGGCCAUGUGAAUUAUUUAUGCAAAAACGUAAACUAAGCGAAUCUUUGGCCCGUUUGCUGGAAGAAGAUUUGCGCUGGCACGAAAUUAUGAAAUGGAAAUUCGCGGAAUUAUUUGGCGAUGAUAGUGAUGAUGAAUUUACACCCUGCAGUCCUAGUAUUGAGCUGGAUGAUAUACUAAUGGGCAGCUGUGUUAAACGUAUAUCACCCUGGGUGGUGAAACAUUUGAUGAUACCAAUGCGACAUGGCCUAAUCGGUAAUCGUUUUGUUUUCAAGAAGCUAGCCAGACAUAUAGCACGUUCUAUAAUCAUGGAAAAUCAAUAUCCAGAUGAAUCCAUUAUCAAAGGAUGCAUUGAGAAUUAUUUUUGCCUGCAUCAGGCCGUUAUGACAUUGGAUGAUUUACAAGAUGUACCAAGUAUAUCGUUAAUAUAG